GUUGAGGUUUUCCUGUUACUAUCACUGUAGCGUUUAUUUAGCCAAUCUCCUAACUAUGACGUGAGGAAGGCAGGAAUCAUGGCUCGCUCAUAAUAUUUAACACACCCACUGAAAGCUGGAGCUGCAGAGCUACUAGUCCAACCAGUCUCCAGAAUUCAGUGUAGCUGAAAGAGGUUUUCACUCUGCACCUGCCAAAGAUCUCUCCCCCCUUUUCCUUCUCUCCCCCCUUCUCUCUUCCAUUCUCUCUCUCUUUAAAAGAAAGAGCUGUAAGACCCAGCAGAGAUCAAAGACCUCUUCGCUAAAAAGAACCUCUACUGAUUUAUAUUAGUUUCUUUCCUCUAAUCCUUCCUUCUCCCCCCUCUUUUUUUUUUUUCCUGUGCCAUAUUUAACCUUUAUGUUGCAGUUGUGCCAUCAGACAGUUUUGCAGCCAAAAAAAACCAACCCAAGCCAAAGCACAAGCCCAGCUCGGAUACAGCAGCCACCCAGACUCGAUCUCAGUUGAACUUACUAAUCUCUCCCAAGCACUGGACGCGAUGGAUGAAGAAACUGGAACCGCUCUAAGAAAAUGAUUUUCCAGCCAAUGUUCUUAAAGAGUCUGAGAGAAGAGAGGGAGCGAGAGCGAGCGGGGAGCGCUUCUGCUGCAUCACUGCUCAAAUCCAAGGGAAAGGAGUCAGCGUUUCCAGCACAGCCAAAUAUUAUGGAUGAUUUUUUUUCUUCUGUCGCCUUUCUGCACAGGUUUUCUUAAUAUUUUUCUUUUCCCCUUCCUCCUCCCCAUUUUUUAAAAAAAUUUAUUUAAUCGGCCACUGUGUCUGAUGCCGGUUUCUCUCCGAGAGCCAGUUUUCCCUGUUUGUUGUGAUCCCUGUAAUAAAAAGAGGGAGAAAUCGUGAACAGAUGGCUUUCUAUAUUACCAUGCCGCUGGCAUUGUUUUCCUGUUGAUUUUAAAGGCUCGGUCCGGAGCUCCUUUUUUUUUUUAAUUUUUUUUUUCUCUUUUAUUUUUUUUUUCCCUCCCCCCUCCCAAGUUCUUGAUGAUACUGAGACAUGAGGACCUAUCGGGUUUAGCCUGUUUAUUUCCCGGCGCCUAUGGAGGUAACUUUAUUGACUUGAUCGCUCGCUUCCCGACCCGGGGGGGCUCUGUCCGCCGCCUCCUCUCCCUCCCCCUCCCCCGGUAAUUCAUCAGCCGCCCCGGCCAUGAAAAUGCUCCUGGUCCGCAAGUUCCGGGUGCUCAUCCUGAUGGUUUUCCUCGUCGCCUGCACCAUGCACAUCAUGAUCGACCUGCUGCCGCGCCUGGAGCGCCGCGGCCCCGAGAGCCGCCCGGGCUGCUCCUGCCCGCCGCCCGCCGCCGCGCCGCCCCGCGCCGCCGCGCCGCGCUGGCCCAGCAAGCACACGCUGCGGAUCCUGCAGGACUUCAGCGCCGAGCCGGCCUCCAACCUCUCGUCGCAGUCGCGGGAGGCGGCGGCGGAGCGGGCGGCGGGCGGCGCGGGCGGCGCGGGCGGCGGGGGCGCGGCGGCGGGGAGGGCGCGGCGCUUGAUCGGCCCCGGGGCGCCGCGCCCGCCGCCCCCCGCCGGCAACGCCGCCCCGCUGGCCGCGCUCUUCGAGCACCCGCUGUACCGCGCCGCCCUGCCCCCGCUGGCCGACGGCGACCUCCUCUUCAAUGUCAACAGCGACAUCAGGUUCAACCCGCGGGUGGCCGAGCAGCCCGAGUGGCAAAAUGAAGAUCAUCAUGAAGAAUUUUUGCCAACUGGAGAGACCUCCAUAGACUCCUACCCAAACUGGUUAAAAUUCCACAUUGGCAUUAAUCGGUACGAGCUGUAUUCCAGACAUAAUCCUGCAAUUGAGGCUUUACUGCAAGACCUUGUCUCCCAAAAGAUAACCAGUGUUGCAAUGAAAUCAGGAGGCACCCAGCUGAAGCUGAUCAUGACAUUCCAGAACUAUGGACAAGCAUUGUUCAAACCAAUGAAGCAAACCAGAGAACAAGAAACCCCGCCUGACUUUUUUUACUUCUCAGACUAUGAGAGACAUAAUGCAGAAAUAGCAGCAUUUCAUCUCGACAGGAUCCUGGAUUUCCGGCGCGUGCCCCCGGUGGCAGGCAGGCUGGUGAACAUGACCAGGGAAAUUCGAGAUGUUACUCGUGACAAGAAGCUGUGGAGAACAUUUUUCAUCUCACCAGCCAACAACAUCUGCUUCUACGGGGAGUGCUCCUACUACUGCUCAACAGAGCACGCCCUGUGUGGGAAGCCAGACCAGAUCGAGGGGUCCCUGGCUGCUUUCCUGCCUGACUUGUCCUUAGCAAAAAGGAAAACCUGGAGAAACCCCUGGAGGCGUUCCUACCACAAGCGCAAGAAAGCAGAAUGGGAAGUUGAUCCAGAUUAUUGUGAAGAGGUUAAACAAACACCCCCAUAUGACAGUGGGACCAGAAUUCUGGAUAUAAUGGAUAUGACAGUUUUUGAUUUCCUAAUGGGUAACAUGGAUCGACAUCACUAUGAAACCUUUGAGAAGUUUGGAAAUGAAACUUUUAUUAUUCACUUAGAUAAUGGAAGAGGGUUUGGAAAAUAUUCCCAUGAUGAACUUUCCAUUUUGGUGCCUUUAAACCAGUGCUGCAGAAUCAGGAAAUCUACCUAUCUGCGAUUACAGCUGCUAGCCAAGGAGGAGUACAAACUCAGUCUCCUGAUGAAAGAAUCUUUGCUAAAAGACAAAAUAGCUCCAAUCCUGUACCAGCCUCACUUGGAGGCCAUGGACAGGCGGCUGCGGAUUGUGCUCAAGGCUGUCAGUGACUGCAUAGAGAAGGAUGGCUAUGACAAUGUGGUGGAAAAUGACUUUAACACUGAUGUUAACACUGUUGCCACUGAGAGGUAGUGAAAUGGCAAGACUACGUUUUUACCAGCCAAGAAGAUUCAAAGAAGGAAGAGAAACAAAAGAACAACAACAAAAUAAAAAUAAAGUCUUGCAAAAGACUGUGUAUGCUACUUUGUGAAUUCAGUGAAUUCAGAAAUGAGAUAUAAUUGUUCCCAAAGUAGGUAAAGUGUAGACUCUGCAAAGGAUUAGUUCAUUAAGAAAAAAUAAGUCUAAUGUGAUGCUUUUCAUUAGUUCCUGAAGAGAGAUUAUGAAAAGAUUCAGAAAAUACUCAAUCAUGGACAGACAGCAGUCUGAUAGCAAAACACCUCCUGUCCUUUUUGUAUAGAAAGGAGGCCUUUACUUAAUAUUUUGUAUUUAUAUAUGGUAUAUCUAUGAAACCCCAGACCUACCUUCCAAAUUUAACUAAGAGGGACAGCAUAGUUUUGUGACUCACACUUUAUUUGUGGUGACAGUCCACUUAGUAUUUUGUGUUAACCCUUUAAGUGCUCUAAUCCACUGUAUCUUAUUUAAAUUGAAUGCUUAUUUUCCCCCCAGCUACUCAGCAUUUAAAGGGUUAAGGCAUUAUGAACUUUUAAAGGCAAAAAAUAAUAAUAAUAAUAAUGAUAAUAAUGAUAAUAAAUACAGGGGUUACCAGAAGGGAAUUUCACUAAUUGUGCUUUGACAGGAAUACUUGAAUGUUGGUUUUACAAAGUGAUGUAAAAUGACAAGUUGUACUAUUUGUCCAUAAGGAGGUGGCAGCUCUUAUCUUUCUAGACUAUCAUAGCUGAGCUGCUACUUUUCAAUUUUGCUUUUGAUAGUUUUGUGUAAAUAUAUACAUAUAUGGGUAAAAAGCUGCUUUCAGCAGCUCUAGGCUUACUUUUGCAGCAUUUUUGUGGAAUUGUUUGCAACGUGGUAAAAGUGCAAUAAAGAUAUGCAAAAUGUGUAGCCA